AUCCGAGGGUGGUAAAAACGCAGCGUUUGGGUAGUAGAGAUGAUCUGGAGCACACGCUGUGCAUCACCUUGCAGAGCGACGCCAUGUUGCUACGUCAUACACAGCAGGGCACGCUGGGAACAUUUCAAAAUAAUUCUGUCAACGCAAUUAAUACGUCACAGGUUUUAACGGAAGUUUAUAAGCACGUCUUCGGGAACAGACGAGGCGAAGACAUGGAGUUCUUUGUAAUUUCACCGAAUUUGAGGUUUAUUAACCUUCGCGUCGCCCCGGGCUCGACAGUCAGCGAUCUCAUCGAUCGUUUUGCCGUUACAGAGGGCGCCUCCUUCGCGGAUUUCUACGUGAAGAGUAACGGUCGGAUAUCUCGGAGCAACGAGUCUCUUCAGUCUGGAGCUGUGUACCGUGUGGAGCCUCGGUUAUGUGGAGGAAAAGGAGGAUUUGGCUCUAUGCUGAGGGCCCUUGGUGCACAAAUCGAAAAGACCACUAACCGUGAGGCGUGCAGAGAUCUGAGUGGAAGGAGACUGAGAGACGUCAAUCACGAGAAACAGAUGGCGGAUUGGCUGAAAAAGCAGGCGGAUCGCGAGGCGGAGAAGGAGCAGCGUCGUCUGGAGAGGAUUCAGAGGAAACUCGCCGAGCCCAAACAUUAUUUCACAGACACUGAUUAUGAACAGCAGUGCCACGACCUUUCAGAGAGACUGGAGGACUCGGUGCUGAAGGGCAUGCAGGCUUCCUCUAGUGGUCUCGUCAAGGUGGACGAGGGGCCGAGUCGCAAGCGUCCGACACCAGCCGACAGUGAAAAGAAAGCAAAGAAGAAAUGUUUCUGGUCUGGUCUCGGGGGACUGGAGGAGACGGGCAGCUCCGGUGAAGGAAGUGAGGACAGCGACGGCGAGGCUUUUCCGUCCACCUCUGGGGCUUCGUGCAGUUCAGAUGCAGCUAAACGGGCCGCGCAGCCGCCGGCUUCCACCAGAGGGAGUAACGGGACCGACCCUCGGGAGCGGCCCGGCGGCUCCAGCAGCUCCUCCUCCCGGAGUCCCGCGCCGAGCUCCCCAGCACAGGAGGAGGAGGAGGAGGUGCAGAAGAACACCGAAAAAGAGUCUACAGCUGAAACCGGUCAAAACGGCAGCAUCGAAGAGAAUAAAUCGAGUCCCGCACCGAGCUCCUCAACACAGGUGGAGGAGGAGGAGGAAGUGGUGGUGGUGCAGAAAGGGUGUACAUCUGAAACCGGCCAAAACGUCACCGGUGAUGAGGAUAAAUCACAGGUGGAGCCCGCAGAAGCAGAGAGCAGUCGGGCACAGGAAGAGGAGGCGGAGGGUCCGCUGGAUCUACUGUCCGCGAGUGGGCCGGAGCAGCUGGAGGCUUUGGGUCUGGAGCAGCUGAAGAAAGAGCUGAUGGAACGAGGGAUGAAGUGUGGAGGAACGCUGCAGGAACGGGCCGCACGUCUCUUCUCCGUCAAAGGACUGAGUCCAGAUCAGAUUGACCCCGCGCUCCUGGCCAAACCCACCAAGGGCAAGAAGAAAUAACCAGCGUUUUUAACCAAUUCCUUUUGCUUAUAUUUGGCUUUUCUGUAGUUAUUUUUGUAAAGUGUCAUUUGUAAAAAUCCUCAGAUUGGGGCAAUAACGAGUGCUAAGUUUUUUUUUGUUUUUUUUUCCCCAAAUUAGAGUGACCUUACUGGUCUUCGUCAGUAAUACAGGCUCAUUUACAAAAAAAAUCAUUUUGUAAUCUGUACAAUCCAUCCUACAUUGUGUAUAUAGUUGGUUUAUGCAGAGGCAUUCUGAGAAUCAAUCAGGUUUAUUUUCUAAGAGCUAGCCCACAGAUGGUCCACCUUGCACAGUAUUUGACUGUAUAUGACUUUAUCAAUAAAACAUAGUUGCACAA